AUGACUGACGACGAUUCAAUAAGUAAAGCAUUUAUAACCGGCACAGAAGCAACGGAUUCAACACAAAAAGGUUGUACACCAUGGUUAUUAAUAUCAUGUAUCGUGCUAACAAUGUCAACUGGAUUCGUUUUUGGUUGGGGUCUUGGCGCACCAAAUCAAUACAGUCGGUUUACUGAAAAAUUUUUAAAUGGUACUGAUCCAUGUUAUGAUUCACGAUUAUUAUUAACAUCAAUAUCCACAGCCAGACCGGAUAUCAAUGUUAACUUGGGAAUUAAUAUCGACGAUACAACUACAAUAAAAACAAGUCAACGAAUUAAGCCUCAUUUUAACUUUGUACUCGAAUUGAUCAAAGGCAUACCACAAACAGUAUUUUUGAUUGGAGCUUUUAUUGGUGCAUUAACUGGUCCACUUUGGCCAAAUUAUCUGGAUCGUAAAAAAACUGUUUAUGCCAAUUUUGUAUUUUGUUUUGCAUCAUCAUUAUGUGUUCUAUUAUCCUACUAUACACGUCAUAUAUGGUUGUUUUACAUAUCACGUCUUUUAAUGGGUUAUCAGGGAGGAAUGGCGUGUGUUAUUGUUCCACCGUAUAUUGGAGAGAUUUCUUCACAACGCGUACGUGGUGCAGCUGGUUCAUCAUUUCAAUUAGCAUUAACCCUUGGUAUUUUAGUGGCACAAGUUGUCGGUUUACCGUUCAUCGCUGGAACAUGUCACGGCUGGGGUUGGGGUUUAGGACUUGUGUUCAUUUUACCACUGAUUGCCACCGGCCUUCUAUUACUCGUACCAAAUUCACCCACACAAUUAAUACGCAAAUAUAACGAUGAAAAACAAGCGGAAAUUGAUUUGAAAAAGUUGCGUAAUGUCCAAGAUGUUCAUAGUGAUUUGAAUAAUAUUCGUCGUCAGACACGAGAAGAAGGUGGUACUGAAUCAUUAUCAAUUCUAGCUGUUCUAACAACACCACGUUAUCGAUGGCCAAUGUUAACUACUGUUGUAUUACAAUUUGCUCAAGCAUUAUCUGGUGUAAAUGCGGUCUUUUUCUAUUCAUCGAAAAUGUUCGAAAAAGCAGGUGUAAGAGAAGAAUUGAUACCCUAUGCCAACAUCGGUACAGGUAUUAUUAAUGUACUGGCAACAAUUGCCACAUUGCCAUUAAUCGAAAAAGUUGGUCGUCGAGCAUUGAUUAUCUAUCCAAUGGCUGUUAUUGUUAUUGUAUUUGGUAUAUUAACCACUUUAGUCGAAAUCAAUGAAAGAAAAAAUAAUCCAGUAUUAGGAUGGCUUAGCGUUAUUUUCGUUCUCCUAUUUAUUGUUUGUUUUGCUGUUGGUCUUGGUCCAAUACCGUUUAUAUAUUCAUCAGAAGUAUGUCGUUCAGAGGCACGUGAUAGUGUUCAAGCAUUAGGUCUCGUAGCCAAUUAUUUUGGAAACAUUUUACUGUCAUUAUUUUUUCCGGCAUUAAAUUCAAUACUAGGUGGUUAUGUGUUUCUCAUAUUUUCCGUUUUGGUUCUGUUACAUUUGGCAUUUUUAUUCGUGAAAAUGCCCGAAACAAAAAAUAAAACAAUCGAAGAUGCUGAACAGUUUUGGAAAAUACCCACGCAACAGUAUGCAAAAGAUAAACUUUUACCUGUUAAUACCUAA